AGCGGAGCGGAGCAGGGGCGGGGGGGAGGAACCCCCGCCGCUCCCCCAAUGAGGGGGUCUGGCGGCCCCGCGCGCAUGCGCGGUGAGCACGUUCCUCCCCCUCCCCUCCCUUGCUGGGUAGAAGUGUUUCCGGCGCGGCGGCUGUGACGUCCGCGGUCGGCGCCGGGCUGUCCGGCGGGCGGGCCGUGGGAGAUGGCGGAGUAUCUGGCCUCCAUCUUCGGAACAGAGAAGGACAAGGUGCGGAGGAUUUGCCCGACUGCUGCAUCCUGAUCCUCAGGCUUCUGCCUGCAGCCUUCCGCCCGUCGGGAACGUCUCUAGUUUCUCUGGUUGUUGGAAGCGUACUUACAAAGCCCUCCUAACGAGGAUUUAUUUGGUCACCGUCGGCCUGACCAAACCAACGUGUUUUUCCGCUCCUAAAAAAUGAAAGGGGGCAUCGAUGUGCUGCUGCUGGACUAAAUUACUCUUGUCAGCCCCUGGCCGUGAGGCUUCUGUUUUCCUUCUGCUUUGUAGUACUACCUGCCAGUUCCAAUUCACUCGACUGUCAGAAAAGCAGUAUCGGCAGCCUCUUUCGAGCUCUGUUGCCGUAGCAUCCUUUCUGAUAAAAUGCAUUGCGGUUUAACAGUAUUAGUAUAUGCCAAUACAACAUGCAUGAAAUUCCUGUACUGGUCUUAUUUCCUAUUCAAAAAGCAAGCAGAACUCUCCAGAAAAGUCUUGAAGUUGGAGGCACUAUUGAAACUUUAUAGUUAGGGUUUUUUUUUUGUUGCAGGAUAGAAUUCAGAAAAGACAAGUCAACUGUUCAUUUUAUUUCAAAAUUGGAGCUUGUCGUCAUGGAGACAGAUGUUCUCGGUUGCACAACAAACCAACAUUUAGCCAGACCAUUGCCCUCUUGAACAUUUACCGUAACCCUCAAAACUCUUCCCAGUCUGCUGACGGUUUGCGCUGUGCUGUGAGUGAUGUUGAGAUGCAGGAACAUUAUGAUGAAUUCUUUGAGGAGGUCUUCACAGAAAUGGAAGAAAAAUACGGUGAAGUUGAGGAGAUGAAUGUUUGUGAUAACCUUGGAGAUCAUCUAGUUGGAAAUGUAUACGUAAAGUUUCGCCGUGAAGAAGAUGCGGAGAAGGCUGUGAUUGACCUGAACAACCGCUGGUUUAAUGGACAGCCCAUUCAUGCUGAGCUUUCACCUGUGACUGACUUCAGAGAGGCCUGUUGCCGUCAAUAUGAAAUGGGAGAGUGUACACGAGGAGGCUUCUGCAACUUCAUGCAUUUGAAGCCCAUUUCUCGAGAGUUGAGACGUGAGUUGUAUGGGCGUCGUCGUAAAAAGCAUAGAUCCAGGUCGAGGUCCCGUGAACGUCGGUCUAGAUCCAGAGAUCGUGGUCGUGGAGGUGGUGGUGGAGGAGGAGGACGUGAACGUGAUAGGAGGCGGUCAAGAGAUCGUGAAAGAUCUGGUCGAUUCUGAGCCAUGCCAUUUUUACUGUAUGUCUGCUAGAAAGUGUUGUAGUUUGACCAAACAAGUUCAUAAUGAGAUUUUUUUUAAAGAUGGGCUUCUGAAUAAAAAAUUUGUAGUGAUACAGUA